AUGAUCAAAUCGUACACAAGCCGCACACCGGAACUGCGCAGUGUCACUACGUGGGAUGACUGGUCGCAAGGUUGCCUUUAUGUCCUGUUGCACUACCUCGCAAACACCUCAUCUGGUACUUCGCUCGAAAACAUCAAUGUUACAUGGUGGGCGGGUCGGGCAGCCUCAAGCAGGCUGUUUGCAACGAUCGGCACAGCCGCUCUUACACGUUUGCUGUCAACCGUGUAUAUCUUCACAUCCUCAGAUCGCCACGGUUAUCUCACUGACAUAUCCUUCCUGUCGGGCUUGAAAAACGUGAGAAAGCUCAGCCUCCAGUUCGGUACAUCGACUACUCUCCUCGAGAUCGCGCGUGGCUUGGUGCAAGGAGGUAGCCCCCACCUCGUUGAUUUCACACUCGCCGUUCCCCUCGACACCUUCACACUUGUGACGGAAGCAGACCUCAUCGAGCUCGCCGACCUCACCUCCAGCAGGCCUUUCUCCAGUGUCAAGAAUGUGAGCUUCAACUUGGACUUCUGGGAUGAUGGUUUUAUGGAGGAAGCUGGACCAAAAGUAUUGGAAGUCUUGGCUAGGAUGUGGCCCCUCAUCAGUCAAGAUGCACAAGCAGUCUUGAGUGUGCGCAGCACUUAUGGGUGUAUCUGGCGGUGGAGCCGUGAAGAACAGGAUACAAAGACAGGAGAGAACUGGGAAGCUGAGAUCGAUACGGGAACAUCAUUUUGGCAAGGAGAAGUGGAGAGGGCAAAUGCGAAGCGGGGCGGACCGGGCGAAGUGGGCGAGGAUGGGGGAAUGGACGCGGGGAAGACAAAGAUCGCGCACACGGGCGCUGGCGACAUGACGAAGAACAUGAGGGCGACGGUUAGAACGAGGUCGUGGGCGUGGGCGAAGUCGGGGUGGAUCGAGACGAAGCUGGAUGAGCAUUGCACACGCGAGGAUAGUGGGGAAGCGAACUGGGUAGACACAAGUCGGGUACUAUGA